AUGAUGAAUUUUAUUCCGCCAUUCUCUUCCUUUUCCUUACCCUCGGGAUUUCAAGGACUGCCAUCUCAAGCUAAUUGCCCCGGGGGUGUUAGUGCCAAAAGGACACCUUUUGCCAUCCAGGAUUUAUUAAGUUUGGGUAAAAAGGAGGGUGAUGAUAAAACUGACAAUGGUGUUUCAGACAGAGUAAAUAUUCCUAUCUCAGCAUAUUUUAGUCCGUUUUUAUCUCCGGCAUUCGGAAGAGAUCGCGAAUCCAAAGACACAGAAAACGUUCCGAACUUUUUCCAAGCAUGGCGAUCUCCUGGAAAUUUAAGUUCCGCUGUUUCCCCGGAGUCCAUGUUCGGCACGAGAGCCACUGCUGAUAAUUUGGUAUUUUCCAGAAAUUUCAGUAAAAACGAAAUGAUCAUGUCAUUAAUAACAGUUAAAAAUUACAUGAAGGACAAGUUAAAUAGUUCAUAG